CAGCCGCCUUGUGAGCGCGUGAAGAGCACGGAUUCAACUACUUAGUAAACUAUUGCAUGUGGUUCCGGGAUGAGCUCCUCUGAGGCGCGGAUGAAGACCUCUUUCAGAUCCAGCACAGGCUCCAGGACUCACACACACACUCCCAGAGUGAAGCUCAUCAAACCGCUACUCACAGGGAAGAGUCCGGAAUUAACCGAGGCUUCGAGGCAUCCUGAUCUCCCCCGCGUUAUAAACCUGCUUCAGGAAAAUACAUCAAGCUCCCUGAAAGAACGGCACAUCUCGGCCUUGAAGCGAGUGGUGAAGAGAUGCCAAAAUGGCUAUUUCCUCAAAGACCUCUCGGACGUCUUUCAGAUCUUAAACAUCUGUGCGGAAAGAUCAGAAGAACAUCCUGAGUAUGCCUCCAUGCUGCGUGACCUCUUACACAUAUGCAGGCUUCCCUUCUUAAAGGAGAAGACAUCUGAUGAAGUGAGGUACGCUGCUGCUGUGACGGACUCACUCUCUCAGAUGGGUUAUCUGAUGAGGGUGUCAGACGCGAUGGUCCAAGAGCAAAUCUGUGCUUCUAUUAUAUCACUCUACACCCAGGACAAAGUAAAGCACUAUGGAGAUGGUGUGUGUCCGACGAGCCUGGCGUACAGGCGUGAGGUGAUAGAGCGCAGCGGUCUGGCUGAAACUCUGCUCAUGUCACUGGCUCUCCUGGAGAAGCAGCCGGCAGUCAAACUGCAGGUCCUACAGGCACUACAGAUCCUCUCCAGGUUUUCUACAGUGAACUGUAGUCUGAUCCUGAAAGCAGAGGGAGCACAGAAGAUCUGCUUCCACAUGAACGAGCCGGAUCCAUCCGGACAGAUGCUGUUCCGCUCCACCGAGAUCCUGUGGAACCUUUUGGACAACGGGUCCAGAGAGGAAGUCACCCAGCAGCUCAGCAACAUGGACUGCGUCAUGGUCCUAAAAGAGGCUUUCCUGCAUCAUCUUCUCAACGGCUUCCGACACUACGACCGCCAGCUUCGCAACGACCUUCUAGUAAUUACGACCUUGAUUGCAGAGAACCCCAGCGCCCCGCUGAUUGAGAGCGGGUUUGCUAAGCAGCUCAUCCUUUUCGCUACCCUUCCCCAGUUGAAGACGCAUAACCCUCUGACCCGAAACUUCAAGCUGACCUUCUGUAAUGAGGACUUUGAGAUGAAGAAGCUGCUGCUGAACCUGCUUGUUGUCCUGUCCAAAGAUCUAGCAGCUGUUCAGCUGUUUAAAGAAAGCCGCGUGAUGCUGGCACUGAUGCUGCUCAUCCGGCCUGACUCCCCUGAGAGCAGGCACAGUGGGAAGGUCCAGCGCAGUUGGACGGCCGUCCAGCAGGAGGAGCUGCAGCUGCAGGCGUUGGCCUCUCUGGCCACAGUGGCGCCGCUCAUGCUGGACGAGUACAUGACUUGUCAGGCCAACACCUGCGUGCUCAUGCUUCUGGACUGGUGCACACAGCAAGGAGCUGACACCUUCUUUGGCCAAGGUCAGGGUUUCCAUGGCAGCGGAGGUCGAGGUGGGAGGAAGGCUCAGAUACGAUAUUGCAUACGUCUGCUCCGCUGCAUGACCUCGCUUAGCAACAGCGUCAUCAACCAGGACCUCUGUGACCAGGGAGCCAUCAGCCAGCUUCUCGGGCUGCUGAAGAAAUUCCAAGAGAGGAAGGAGGAAGAGGACACCGUGUCUGUGGAGAUCCAGACUGACGUCCUGGUCACUCUAGCGAGCCUCUGUGAAGGAGACAUGCACAGGAAGGAUUUGUUCGGAGCAGAGGGCGUUGAGGUGACGAUCAGAUAUCUGAAAACGGACCUGGCUCGGUUGUACAGCGGCCUGGGACACAACAGACUCGUUCUCUCCGCUGUGGAUUGUGUGUGGACUUGCAUUGUCGGUUGCUACACCACAGAGGAUUUGUUUUUGGAAAAGGAGGGUGUGUUUCUCUUACUUGACAUCAUCCAGUCGAGCCCCAGGAGCAUGCAGGGUAUGGUGCUGGCAACGUUGCUGGAGCUCUGUGACAACCCCAAAACGCUGGUACACAUUGAGGCCUGGAGGGGAGAGAAAGAGAUCACGGCUCCGGCCCUGCUGCUGCAGCUCUGGAGGAAGGAGGAGGAGGAGAUCGGAGUCAAGAGAGACCAGCACGGCCGAAUCGCUGAUGAGAAGAAGCCUCUUCUUACGAUGUAUCAGGAGCAGCAGCCGCUGGAGUCCAUACCUGCAAACAGCCCGAGCGCCGCAGUUGUAGACGUCUCAGAAAACCUGCGUGCCAAUAUCUACGCUUUCUACUGCAGGCUAGGCUUUGAGGAUCUGCCAGGUCUGAGUGCUGAAGACUCCAUCACCUUGAGCACAGUGAGCAGUUACUUGGACUUCAAGGUAGCCGAGGUGUGGGACGAGGUCACAGCUGAGCUGGAGCUGGAAGGUGUGAGACCCGUCACUCCGGAUGCAGAGGCUCUCAGCAGCAUCACCAAGUCAGGUGAAGACAAAGCCAAACACGUCUCCUCACUGCAGCAGAGCAUUAUGGAGCGGAAAGAGCAGGAGGACCUCCAACAGGAGAAACAAGCAUAUGAAGAGAUCAAGUUAAACCGCAAGCAGCAGGAGCUAACAGCCAAGGCCUGGGAGCAUCACGUUGCUAAGAUUUCCAACUACAACAUCUUAAAGGAGUCAAAGAUGCUUCAGGAAAAAUCUAUCGAGUCGUCACGUCCAAAAGAGAAACCAGAGGGAUUUAUUUUUCACCCCACUCAGAUCCCUGGCCUGCAGACUACUAAUUUCUUUGGUCGUGUACUGACGAUCGACAGCACCCCUCCGGAGCUGACCGGGGGACCCCUGGCGAAUACAGACCUCGCUCUAGAGAGGGUCCCUAUUCAGGGCGGGGCUCUGAGGAAAGUGUCCACUUCCAACUCAGACCUGGAGCUUCCAAACACCGUCACUGUCAAAUGACUGGAAGUAGAUCAUACUGUACGCACAAGAUGGCAAUUUAGCCUUUUAUUUUUCCCUUGCACACAUAAUGCAACAGCGGUAUGACCUUCAGCAGCUGACGUUUGACUUAGUGCCAGACUUUUACUCACAAGCACAAGUGUAAAUACAGACUUCAAGACUUAGAUAACAAAAUAUAAGCCAACACAAUGACUUAAUUGGGAAGAAAACCAGAGAUGAGCCAAACCAAGAAACAGUAGUACUGUAAAUACAAUAGCGAUGAACAAGAUAGAUACACAAAACAGAUGCGAGACAAAGGCAUACCCAAAAACAGGCCUACUGUAGUUAUACACAAACUUAUAGGGAUUGGCAUGGUGGCUAAGGUCUAACUGGGCAUUAAAACUAGACGAAAGUAUGUCUAAGGGAUAGAGCUGUGAUUUGGAAAUCCUUAAACCCUGUCGGCGAUAGCAAGCACGUAAUCCUCGAACCUGGGAGGCGAAAGCAUGCACACAAGGAUGGGCAAUAAAAACAAAUCCAGCUGAUUAAACCAUUAGCACAUUCUCAGCGCUGGGGGACGCUGCUGAGUUGGAUGGAGAGGCAGAGUAUCUGGGUGAGACGGGACUGACCGCGGCUCAGGCCGACACGAUGUGUCCCAGGAGGCGCAGAGCUCAGGGCAUGGCACAGGAGACUUAGGGUGUGGUUCAAGGGAGGUAUGAAUGCGAGAAGGCCACUUAUUGCCUAGAGGACUGACAGGUAACUUAUGAACACAAUUCUGAAGCAUCUUUUUACAAGCAUGAUUGAUAUGAAGCAACUGCACGGUGCCAGAACAUUUUUUCUAUUUUUCAAGAUUUUCAGAAAUCAGAACAUGGUUCUCUGAAUUUUGAGAACCAUUUCUCAGUUCAGAUCUAAAAUUCUCAUGACAACUUGUACAAACUUUACACGAUCUCUGCAACAAGGAAAUAAACAGGGUCAACAGCCAGGAGCGAAGAGCAGUAUGGAU